ACUCUUCCCUCUCUUUUUCCGCGUGUAGAGGCGCAGAUAUGGCUUCACGUAAAGAGACUGGCGCUGCCUCCAGCACCCCGAUGGCUUCAACCGGCGGCACUUUGGACUCCCCGGUCAAGCAGAUCCAGAUUGAGGGCCUGGUGGUGCUGAAGAUUAUCAAGCACUACCAGGAAGAAGGCCAGGGCAGCGAGGUGGUUCAGGGCGUCCUGCUGGGCCUGGUAGUGGACGACCGGCUGGAGAUCACCAACUGCUUCCCCUUCCCCCAGCACACCGAGGACGAUGCAGACUUCGACGAAGUUCAGUACCAGAUGGAGAUGAUGCGUUCCCUGCGUCACGUCAACAUUGACCAUCUGCAUGUGGGCUGGUACCAGUCCACCUACUAUGGCUCCUUUGUCAGCCGAGCGCUGCUUGACUCUCAGUUCAGCUACCAACACGCCAUUGAAGAGUCAGUUGUACUCAUCUAUGAUCCCAUAAAGACGGCCCAAGGCUCCCUGUCUCUCAAAGCCUACAGGCUUACCCCAAAACUCAUGGAGAUCUGCAAAGAGAAAGAUUUCACACCUGAGGGCCUGAAGAAAGCCAACAUCGGCUUUGAGCAUAUGUUCGAGGAGGUGCCCAUUGUCAUCAAAAACUCCCACCUCAUCAACGUACUGCUGUGGGACCUAGAGGACAAGUCCACGGUCGCCGACAAGCACGAACUGCUCAACCUCUCCAGCAGCAACCACUUGGAGAAGAGCCUUCAGCUUCUGAUGGACAGAGUGGAUGACAUGAGCCAAGACAUUGUCAAAUAUAACACCUACAGCCGCAACCUGAGUAAGCAACAGCAGCAGAAGCACCAGUACCUCCAGAGGCGGCAGCAGGAGAACGCCCAGCGGCAGAGCAGAGGGGAGCCCCCGCUGCCUGAGGAGGACAUCACCAAAAUGUUCAAGCCCCCCCAGCCGCCACCGCGCAUGGACACACUGCUUAUCGCAGGGCAAAUUAACAACUACUGCCAGAAUGUGAAGGAGUUCACCUCGCAGAACCUCGGGAAGCUGUUCAUGGCGGAGGCGCUCCAAGGCCACAACUAGACAAGAUACAAAAGAGCGGAACAAUCUGCAAUAAAGGAGGAAGUGCGCGGGGGGUGGGGGAGGAGGAGGGCGACAGAAGAGGUAACAGAGAUGCAAAACCAACUUGGCGACGACUGGAGGGGCAUCUGCCGUCAUUUACAUUCGAAGAAUUUGUUUGUUUUUAUGCCUAAUUCCAACUUGGAUACAAAAUUAUCGUUAAUUAUCACUUUUCAUUUCAAUAAAAGUCUCGCAUCUCCA